GUCGACAGUUCAAUGUAUGUGCUACCAUAACAAUCCCAUCUAAAUAAACUGGCUGGGUGGCUGGUUAGCGGCGACUUUUCUUUGCGUGAUCGCUGUGAAACGGUGGCAUUAAGGGUCGAGACGACGACAAGCCGUUACCAUCGCUGUCAACAAACACAAAUGAAACGUCGAACGAACGAUGAGGACGAUGAAUCAAUACAACGACAAAGAGAAACGAUUCAAGCGUGUUCACGGGUCGCUUGUCUCUUUGGUCUGCUUGAUCGGGUUUUGGUCAUGGCUUGACUUCCGCAGCAACGUCUGACACACAAGAGGCUUUCAUUUUUGCGUGCGUUUCUGCUGCGCUAUCGGCUUGUUUCUUCCAGCGUUCUCAUCACUGGGUGACGCAGUAAAUCAAAAUGGCGAUCGACCAUCGCGCAGCUGCCGUACGGCUGCCGAUCGGCCGUAACUAUGGGACUGACGUUGUUACCGGCAACAGUCAUGCUACGGCAGUGUUCGGAGCGCCGUCUAUUUGCAAAGCUCUCUGACACCAAUGGUAAGUUACAACUGGAAGCUGUUCCACCGUUGCCAACGUAGUGGCGCUAGAAGCUGUUUUAACCUCCUCUUAGCUGGUAAUGCUGUUGUCGUUACCGCUUCUGCAAAAGGAAGCAGACGCAGCAGCCGCAGUAACUGAAGCGCCGGCGAAGCGGCAGAGCAAGGGAAGCGAUAACGGUAGGAGCGGUGGCAGCGUCGAAUCUAACGACGAACUGCACAGACUGGUCGAUCGGCUGGCUGACUGACUUGAUCUGCUGAGGGUCUUUCAGCUGGUCGAGCUGGUUGUUGUCCGUAGUUCGCUGCUGCUGAAACCUCAUCACUGGAUUGAAGUCUAGAGUCGUGUUAAUAGCAGUAGUGCUCGCCGCAAAUGAGGAGCCCUGGAAGAGCUGGGUCGGAUAGUAUCCACUGGGUCAGUAGUACUGGGUAGUGGAGCAGUGUCAGAACAACGUCGGCUUCCGUUAAGGGACGACGAGCACUACGCCGAACAUAACUCCAUUACUCGCACGCUCAUUCGCCCGACUAACGUUGUACCUGUCUCCGUUCUUCAUUGACUGUGACGCACUUUAUUACGGUGCAUUGUAGUCAGCCAUAUUCUGUCCGUGCGCAAGUCUUUGUUGUUUACCAAACAGUCGAAAGCACUUCGGCCUGCUGCUGCUGGUUCUAAUAGUAGAACCGUAGGCUUUUUCAGGCUGUCUCAUACGGCUAAUGAGCUAAAUCGCUGGCUGGCCAGCCUCACCGAUAUUAGUAUACCUUCUGAUUUCUGUCGCACUAACGUAUAGCGUAGCAGAAAGCGACGACAUCAGCCGAGGCCGGCUUACCUCCGCCGCAGUAGUAACUUCAUUGGCCAUUAAUGGUGCGUGUCUAACUUGUGUAUAGAGUACCCGCUGCGCAAUCAACCUGACCUGACGUCAAGACCUGCAAAGUCAGUAGGAUUUACUACAAAAAAAAAACAUCUGACAAUACGACACGCUCAAAACAUCAUAUAGGCGUUGAUCUGGCGCUAGUAGAAGUGCUUAACUUAGGAGAAUGUUGAGAACGAACUCACUGCUCAAUGGUCUUAUGUGAGCACCUUCAGUACAACAAAGGUGAAGUGCAAGUAACGGAAGUGUACUUCGGAACUUGUCGUCGUUGAUAUCCUACUCGUCGUGAUACUUAUAGCGAGUCAUCGCAGCUGUGGCCAGAAUCUUAGCAGUUCAUUCAAAGGCGGGAGUGGAGGCGUUAGUUCGAUACUGACAUAGUCUUUGGCCAGAAAUUAUCGGACCGUGCGUCAGGGCAGUGCUGGAAGAAUAUUACCAGCGAAUGAGGAGAUCGAGAUUACGCUGAGAUCGCGAAAACGUCGCCCCGACGAAUUGGUCAUUUACCUCACGACAAGAAGCCCAUCAAAAAAUUACCCUAAUAUACAUGGUGUAUAUAUAUAUAUAUAUAGUGCCUGAGAACGGUGCUUCAAAACGUAAGUAAUAUAUAUACAUGAAAAACAUUUGCUAACUUCACGUUCGUCAUCCAGUUCCCAUCAUUAUAAAGUUACUAAUUUCACUUGCAAUAUACAUCCAGCAACAGACAGACGUGUUGUAAUUACUGUGUCUGGACUUUCGCGUCGUUGCAACGCCCGCCAUGAGCUCUUGCAUUUUUCCGUCCUUUGCAUUUAAUCGAUUUAUCUCUAUUUUCUCUACUACAAUGAUAAAAUGCAAAGUGAUACCUUUUCCGUUCACUGUUCUUCCAAUACAAAAGCGUUUCCUACGUAUUCAUAAAUAUAUUAUUUUUAUUACUAUCAUAUGACGGCUUACACAACACUUUCAUUUAAUUGCUUUGCAGAUGUUGCCCUUGGCUAACUGUUGGCCUGCUGUUGCAGCGGGCGUAGUGGAAGGCACCAGACCCAAUGACCCUCUCAGGCCGGAAUCGACGUGGAACGGGUGGCCGUCAUGGCAGCUACAGUUCGAUGUCCAGCAUCUGACGAACCAUUUUCAACAAUUGUCAAAGGGAAUCACGUUAUCAUCUGUUGUUGGCAUGACUUGCUUGUGUUUGGGCGUAGCUGCAUUUAGUGCUCUUUACGAAUACAUCAUUGCUUCACGCCAAUAUCAUCGAGAGGUCCGGCAGAGGACUGCAGAGAGCGUUUACGUUCGAACUCGACGCUGUAAACUCGAAACUUGCAGCAACUCCGCGGUAGAAAAGCAGCGCACAAAUCUUGUCCUUUUAUCUGGAAGGCACCAAAUCAAUGUCGACAAAAUCUGGUACAGGGUGCGGUUUCACCUGCUACAGACGUUUCUGCAUCUGCUGCAGGUGGUUUUGGGUUUUCUGGUGUUGGGUAUUAUGCUUCAUUACUCAGGCUGGAUCGCUGUGACGGUCUUGCUACUUUCGGGAGUCGGCCAUUAUCUCAUCGGGGUUCUUGUCUUCAAGAGACCUCUACCAAACCUCCCGAUAUCGCUCGAGCAUUCUCGUCAGUGGCUUGAUAAGCUUAUCAGGGAACAUCAGGAACUCACCGCCAAGAUCUCGUAGGCUAGAGACCAAGAGAUUCACACCUGCACCACAUUGAAUUCUCGAGUCGCUCAUUAUUCUUUACAGUAUAGCGAAUUGACGAGAUCAGUAUAUUUCUACCUAAAUGCUUGUUCUUGCUGAUCCCUGAGCUGCAUAAGCGUUACUUUUAAAACAUUUCGUAAUCACCUGACAGAAGUAGUUGGUGCACAAGCACGGACGCAUCGGCGGCUUCGAAUACAAAUUCGCCAAUAUCUUAGUACCAAAACCUGAUAAUAGAUUUUGAAUAUUUAAAAAAAUGUAAACAUGAAAAGAUGAUACUUGUUCUUGCAGUUCUGUCUAACAAUAUAAUAUUGCUCAUAACCCAAUACCGCCUAGAUUUUGUAAUAGGAACGAGGACGUAAAUGAAAGUUAGGCCAUUUCCAUAGAAGCUGAAGCUAGGUAUAAGUCAUUGCCUUAAUACACUUCCUUUUUACUUUACGUUAUAAUAAUAUGUUUAUAGACUUAAACUUAACUUUUUCUUGAACCGGUUAGAUUCUGUAGUUCUCAUGAAGGGCUACAUAACUUUUGUUUUUUUUUUGCGUAGUUUAAGUUAAACCUAUUAUAAAUGUAUUUGAAAGAGUAUUAGAUUAGGGAGUCGUUCUAAGAAACGCUACAUGUAACUGUAUAUAGCCACGUAAUAUAACCUGAAGUUUCCUCAAAACAAAAUUCCUCUAUAUUUUAUGAAUCAUUUAGUGUUGCCGAAUUUAACAUUCGGAUAGGCACGAAGCCAAUUGAACUUUAUAUACAAAUACGUAUAUUGUCAUGAAUAACAAAGCUGCUACUGCUGAAGUGCAAUUAGGUCUCACACAGCCCCUUAUAUACAGAUUUGAGCUGUAGUUAUCUAGUAAUUAUAAUAUUACGGUUUGUGGCCGCGAUACCGAGGUAUAUUUCGCUGCCCAAUAUCUGUUUCGUUUAGAAAGCUGCCGGCUAUAAUCCGUGGUAGUCUGUAUCAGUGUGGGGCCACUCUAUUCGCGAUAGUAAACGACCCACUCAGAUGCAGCUUCAACUUCUUGGGAAGCCCUGGCGUUGCAUGUUUGACUUUUUGUGUUACCUUCGUACUGUCCUUCGUUACCCACGAAUCGUUCUUUCAUGAACCCGGAAUUGUAGCUACACGCUUCAACGCAGUUUCGCAGCAUCCCGCCUCCCGGCGUCUCCACUGCCAAAAAAAACGGUCAAAACAUUAUAAUAUGGUAGCCGAAUACCAAUUCAAAGAACCUCUUAUUUAGGCUAAAUGUACUAAAUGAAAACAAUAUCCAGCGCAAAAGCCUCUAGAACGAGCUGUGCUCUUCCGUCAUCAAAAGACCUACCAUUUUUCGUCGCGAAUCAUGUGCUUGACCAGCCGCUUGCAUCGUAGAUCUUCGACGGCUGUUCUGAUGUGCCAAACAUGGUUUAGCCUACAGUCUGUGACCUGCAACGAUGUGAAGCAGGCGGCGUUUUCUGUUAAGACAGCGCCCAAGCCCCCGAAGAGGCAUUGCAUAAUUCCCGGUUUUCGGAUUACGGCAUCCGACGUCGCCUGGCAUCUAACCGGCAUGGGCUAGAUAAAACAGGGGACAAGCUUUACAGCCUAGGACAUUCAAGGAACUCAUUAAAUCUAAAGCCACCUUCCUGAAGGGAGCCUCCGACGCUAACACCGGAUAGCACGCGUCAGUUUUCCUUAAUCUCGGUAGUGCCGUUUGCAGAUUUCACACCAGGCCAACGCCUCUCGAACUCGCUCCACGUCGUAAGCCUGACUCUGAGAAAAAUGUUUUAACGUGUUAGGACGCCUUUCGGAUGUCGAUAUGCCUCAUCAGCUAAACGGCAUAAGAUGGCACCUGGGACGAUGGAACGUGGCCCCGCGUUGCCUCUCGUUCGAUCCGCUAAAUCCUUUUGACUACGUAUGCUGGGAUGUGAGCCACUCCCUCCUAUUCGGCGAUUAUCUUGUACAGACAAAAAUCAUUCCUUUGCAUCCAUAUUGAGGAGUCGCUUCGUAUCAGUGGCACGGUCAGACGCGACAAAGGGUCCGUUUUUUAUUGUCAACGUUGUAACUCCCAAAGAGUAGGCAGCGUAAGGGUCAGCCUACCCCUUCAGGUAGUGCAAUGCUGUCAGUCACGACUAGAAGUGUCGCCCAUACAGAUACGGUCGGAAUUUGUCAACGCCACAUACGAUACCUAAGCUUUCGGCCGUGGAAGAGUGGCAUUGAGUUUCGGUCUAGUCAAAUGGCGAUCAGCCUAUGCGACAACUGCUCAGGCUGCCCUUUGAUUUAAAGCAGUACGAUACCUAGCCUGUCGGUAGUCCGUUUGUAACCCUAUUUCCAAACCCAACCGAAAAUGCCACGAAAUAGGCUCCUUUACGAUCCUGGACUACAACAGCCGAUAGGUCUAGUUAUGAUCGGCAUUCCUGUUUUGCGCCUUCACCACGGGCUCGUGAUUUACGCAAAAACCCGCAUCAACCGCAGGUAACAGAAAGUUAUGUCCAGGAAUUCCCUAGGCCACUUGAAGGUUCUUAUCUCGUUCAUAAGACUUUUCCGAAAUCUAAAGAAGUUCCGACGGCCAUAAUAUUAUGGUCUUGUCGCAGAAGUGCGUUUCUAUGUCUUCAAACGCAGGCCGGCGAAGCCGAUAAUCGCCAGUAUUUUGUGCAGAUGGAUUACGUGAGUGUCGAGAUCAAAUGGGUAGCUUAUGAUACAUUGUCGAGAUAGAUGAAUGUCAACAAAUUAGACUUCGGUAGUUUUGUGAACAGAAGUUCUUAGUUUUGAUUUUCGCCACCCAAAUCGUUCGUUCGUAAGGCGGUCGUAUUUGCGCUCGUCGAGCUUUACCUUAAAGUUGUUGUUGACGCAUUGCACUUUGCUAGCCGCUUUUCAGGAUGUAUGAUACGCGCACUAAGUCUUUACGCUGAUCGUGCAACCCAGUGGAGAAAUGAUCGACCUGAGGAAAGUCAUCACCGUCAUCUUCAAACUUGACCGUUUCUCAACAUUAUUAACGGAAAAUAAGGCCCAAGUUGAAGACCGAGAAAUGUCGAUAUGAGAUCGGCGACGAAAUCUCCACAAAACGUUCGUUUGCCUCGUCCACUGUCGUGUCUGACAGGGUUGAUGUGGUCAGCGAUUGCUAUCGGAAUCAUUGGGAUUGCAACUAUUAGAAAAUGAAAAACAUACAACUGGGUCGCCAGUUUACAAAAUGAGGGUCACCAUUUUUACAAUUGUAUCCGAAUUCUGCAAUGAUUUUGUCUCAUCGAUUCGAAACAGACACAUCGAUGGCUUAGCUGUUUUGUCGUGACACGCCGUGGCAUCAAACAUCAAUACAAAAGCCUCAAACGUGAUAAAUUCUGUGUAAGAAGAAGCAUUAAAAAGUUAAAAACAAGGAGGACUUAAUUCAAAUGAAUUUAAUUCUCAUGGAGUCAAACAAAGAUGCAUACGUUUAAACUUUUAAUAGCCACUGUUACUAUGAUUACACACAAACACACACGCUCACAUACAUAAACAGUUGUGGUGAUUACCACUACUGUAAUUAUUAUGUAUACAUAAUAAACAUACCUAUGUAAGCAAAGCUGUA